CAGACUCCGGCAGCGCGCACUCUGCCCGGCGCCGCCCGCCUCCAGCGCAGCCUCCCCGCCCGGCUUCCAGGGCGCCGGCUGCCCCGACAUGCUCUGCCCCAGCGAGGAGGAGCCGUCGUGUUAGUGCCCCGAAGGCAAGCGGACGCCUGGCUGGAGAGACAAGGAAAGGCUCUGCCGUCCAGUCCCAACCCAGGGUGGAGAUCAAGGUGGCACCUGAUCCGAGGCGUCCGGCCCCCAGCACUGGAUGAGAAUUCUGCUGUUGCCUAGAGCGCACUGAUCGGGCCCGGCAGCAUGGACUUCGUCAUGAAGCAAGCGUUAGGGGGGGCCACCAAGGACAUGGGGAAGAUGCUGGGUGGAGAGGAAGAGAAGGAUCCCGACGCGCAGAAGAAGGAGGAGGAGCGGCAAGAAGCCCUUCGCCAGCAGGAGGAGGAGCGGAAGGCCAAGCACGCCAGGAUGGAGGCCGAGAGGGAGAAGGUCCGGCAACAGAUCCGGGAUAAGUACGGCCUGAAGAAGAAAGAGGAGAAGGAGGCGGAGGAGAAGGCGGCAAUGGAGCAGCCGUGCGAGGGCAGCCUGACGCGCCCCAAGAAAGCCAUCCCAGCGGGCUGCGGGGACGACGACGACGAGGAGGAGGAAAGCAUCCUGGACACGGUGCUCAAGUACCUGCCCGGGCCCCUCCAGGACAUGUUCAAGAAGUAACAGCCCCGCGCCGCCCACCCGGGCCCACCCCCACACACCGGGGCGCACUGGGCUGGGGGGGGAUUUUCAUUUCUUUUAUUUCAUUUGAUUUUUGUUCCAACUCAGUUUCGAAGGGAAGAUCCCAGAUGUGUCCCGUGUGCCCAGAACCCCUCGCUGCUCCAGUGGGGCGGACGAGGCAACCAGACCAAAAACCACCCCCACCUGCUGAGCUCCGGGCAGCCGGAGCCCCAGGCCAGGCACUGCCAGGAGCCCCGGGCUCCCCCUUCCUCCCUCGCCCCUCAGCCGUACGGAGUCAGAGUUCUGUUGUGCCAAAGUGCCGGCCGGCUGCUUGGCACAUCCCCCCGGGCGUGGGGGGCGAACUGGGACCAAAUUCACUGCAGUAACCUCACGUUGGGCGGAGGGUGGGGCAGACGGCAGGGAAAGGCAGGGCUCUGCCCGCUCUCCAUGCCCCCUCCCUGCCCUUCACUAACUUCAGACAUUCCUCAGUCCCACGCUGCCUGCCCGCUGCCAGGAGUUAGGGACGUGCGGGCAGCUGGAGAGCACCCGCAGGCUGGGGGCUGUGCCCCUCACGCCCCCUGACCCUGCCUGGAAGCAGCCCACGGAGCAAAGCAACCCAGGCCCGCUCCAGCUGGCGGGCGUAGGUGUCCUGCCGGGCCAGGUUCCGGGUGCUGGCACGGAGGGGACCUGGUGGGCUACAGGGCUGGCUCCCAGCGGCGCCGCCCCACGGCUCUGCCCCCCA